CGAAGUUCUCUGGUGGCAUCAAAGUUGUUUACGUUGACAGGACGCUGAUGUGCUCGUGGACUGUGGUGACGCGUGUUGAUAGACAGAACUCUAGCAGAAAAGAACAAUUUAUUUUGCUGUAGGGCAUGUCGUAGCAGAAGUUCUAAAAUGGUGCGGAAAAAUGUUGCGGUUGUAGUUUUGGGCGAUAUUGGAAGAAGCCCAAGGAUGCAGUAUCAUGCGCUGUCGUUUGCCAAAGAAGGAUUUGAAGUUGAUCUUAUUGGUUAUGAUGGUUCAGAACCGAUCAAGGAGUUGGUAGAGAAUUCACAUGUUAAUUUUCACUACAUGAGACCUUGCCCGGAGUUCCUCAGGCAUUGUCCCCGUAUGGUGUUAUAUGCCUUGAAAGUAAUAUGGCAGAGCCUGACACUUUUGUUUGCUUUGUUAUUCAAGAAACGUUCCAAUCAUGUCCUAGUGCAGAAUCCUCCUGCUGUCCCAACACUAGCUGUCUGUUGGUUUUAUUCACUGUGUGUAAGGGCAAAUUAUGUCAUAGAUUGGCACAACUAUGGUUAUUCAAUCAUGGCCUUAACCCUGGGAAAAAGCCACAAGCUUGUCCGUGUAUCUGAAUUAUUUGAGAGAACAUAUGGAAAAUUAUCAGAUGGAAAUAUAUGUGUCACUGCUGCCAUGAAGACAGAUCUCAAAGAAAACUGGGGAAUAAUGGCAACAACACACUAUGAUAGGCCUCCUCACUACUUUCGUCCCAUCACUGAUAUUGAAAAACACAAUCUCUUUCAAAAGUUGGCUCAGAUAUAUCCAGUCUUUGGCAGUAAUGAUGAUUGUGUCAAUGCUGCAACAGCAUUUACGAAGAUGACUGAAGACGGAAAAGUACUUCUCAGACAUGAUCGCCCUGCAUUAUUAGUCUCAAGCACCAGCUGGACAGAAGACGAAGACUUUUCUAUAUUGUUGUCUGCACUACAAGAAUACGAAGAUGCACGAAAUCUGGAGACAGCAUCUUAUCCUUACUUAGUGUGUGCAGUCACAGGAAAAGGGCCACUUAAAGAUUACUAUAAAACAAUAAUUGCUGAUAAACAGUGGAAGAAUGUAAAAAUUAUCACACCAUGGCUGCAGCCUGAAGACUAUCCUACACUGCUUGCAAGUGCUGACCUUGGUGUAUGUCUUCACACAUCAUCCAGUGGCUUGGAUUUGCCAAUGAAAGUAGUUGAUAUGUUUGGUUGCGGGCUUCCUGUUUGUGCCUACAGUUAUGGCUGCUUACAUGAACUGGUAAAGCACAAAAUUAAUGGCUAUGAAUUUACAAACAGUUCUGAGCUCUCUGAACAAUUGCAGACUUGGUUUUAUCGUUUUCCAGAGAAUGAGACACAACAAAGAAUUGCUGAAUCCUUUCGCUAUGAAUUGAGGAAAUUUCAGCAACUGCGUUGGCACGAAAAUUGGAAGUUUAAUGUUAUGCCCAUUUUUACAAAUUAAAUAAAUAACUUUCAUAUUUUUUUAAA